AUGUCCGAGCCGCCGAGGCAUCUUUCUACCCCCUUUUCCACUGUUGUUUAUCCCCCAGCGCCGCGGCUGCUUGGUCUCAGUCUUGAUCAGAGAGACAGGUUCGUGGCGCUGAGACAGGCCGCCAACCCGAUAGCGCGCGAGACCCAUGCGGCUUUCAUGAGGGUUCGCUUUCCAAAUGGGGCACAUGCUCGUUCUGACGUAGUCUGUUUGGGACCCUUUGGGAGCACUCUCAUCGAAACCGAGGCGGCGGCAUCGUACCUGAUUGACAAAAUCGAGAUAAUCGACCUCAUGGCAGCGAUGAUCUCUGUCUCGUUGCUCUUGAACGGCUAG